AUGGCAGAGAUUGACGACAAAGAUUCGCAUCCUAAAAGUAUUAAAUUGCCAGCAGCUGUUGAAGUAUUUGCAAACUUAAAAAAUGCCCAAAACUUUGCAAUUGACAUAGGAUUAUCCCUGACAAAAAUAGCUUAUUAUUCAACAAUAAGCUAUCGCAAAGCAUUGUAUGAUAAUGAAGAAUCUAAUAAUGAGAGUAAUAGCGAGUUAAUAACCUACAAGCUGCAAAAGGGAUCACGGCUGCAUUUUGUCAAGUUUGAAACACGUCAUAUUGAAAACUGUCUUGAUUUUGUUAAAGAUAAUCUUGUUAAUGCUGAGCGUUUUCAAGGCAAAAGUAUUAAAGUUACAGGUGGUGGAGCUUUCAAGGUGGAUAAAGAAGAUGAAAUAUCAUGUCUAAUAAAAGGGUGUAAUUUUUUACUGAAAAAUAUUCCAUGUGAAUCCUUCGAAUUUGAGCGUCAUGGAAAUCCAGAGUAUAAAUUCGAAAAAGCUGGUCCUAAUAUAUUUCCAUAUUUGUUAGUAAAUAUUGGAAGUGGCGUUAGCAUAUUGAAAGUGCAGUCUGAAGAAGAGUUUGAGCGGGUUGGAGGUACUGCUACUGGUGGUGGUACAUUUUGGGGACUGGGUUCAUUAUUAACCAAAGCUAAAGGAUUUGACGAAUUAUUAGAAUUAGCAGAAAGAGGAGACCACAGAAAUGUUGAUAUGCUUGUCAAAGACAUCUACGGAGGCGAUUAUUCGUCCCAAGGGUUGUCGGGAGAUUUAAUAGCCUCGUCUUUCGGAAAAACAAUGUCUUGCAACGCGAUACCGGGACUGAAGAAUUUUGCCGAGGCAGAUAUUGCGAGGAGCUUGUUGUUUAUGAUAAGUAACGACAUUGGACAGAUUGCUAGUCUUUAUGCUUCUAUCCACAACAUGGAUAAAGUUUACUUUGGUGGAUAUUUUCUGAGAAAUCAUCCGCUUUCAAUGCAUACUAUUUCAUUUGGAAUUAAAUAUUGGUCUAAUGGAAAAGUAAAGCCACUGUUUCUGCGCCACGAAGGCUACUUGGGAGCGAUCGGAGCGUUUUUAUACGGCGCAGAGCAAGCAAAUUCUUACAGCUGGUUGGAAAAUUACGCUGGAUCCUCAGGGUUCAAGGACUCGGUGGCUACUGACUUGGGAAUAAAAGUAGAUCAGUUAGAAAUAGAUCGAGCUGAAAACGCAGUGAGCUUCUGUCCUUUAUUGACUGACCCAGUGUCUUAUAAUCCGGAUACCACAGACCUGGCCCAAGAUAAAGAAGCUCGGGAUUACUGGCUCCAAUGUUUCGAGGAAUCUGUUGACAAGUUUGUCGCUCGAGCCAUUCACAGUCAACCUCAGAGUCCUACAGCCAAGGACCGGGCAAGUAAACUCAAGGAAAAAUAUAUCAACCGGCUUCAUUAUUUACAUUUACAACCUUUUGCGUAUGGAACGCUUACUGUCAGGACUUUAUUGGAUACUAUCGAGCACUGUAUGAAAGAGUUUGAUUUUCCGGAUCCUUAUUUUGAGUUGAAAAAAAAUGAAAACGAAGAGGCGCUAAAUUUUUUAAAAAAUCGCCUGGAUAUGUUGGACCAAUUAACAGGAGCUGAAAAACUUAGAGCAUUAAUUUUAGGCGUUUUAGCUGAGCAAGACCCACCACAUAAAUGUGCGGCAAUAUUUGUCGACAACAGUGGAGUCGAUAUCGUCCUUGGAAUCCUACCUUUUGUACGAGACUUACUUCAACGUGGAACCAAAGUUAUUCUGUGCGCCAACUCGAUGCCGGCUUUGAAUGACGUUACUUAUCCUGAACUACUGAUUAUUUUACGUGACGCCGCUAAAAUUUGUAAGGAUAUUAAGUAUGCGUUGAAAGAAAACCGGCUGCUGCCCAUGGAGACUGCCCAAGCUGGCCCGUGUUUAGACCUCAGUCGGUUGAAUUUGGACUUAUGUCUGGCGAUGGUAAAACAUAACGUUGACCUGGUGGUUAUCGAAGGAAUGGGAAGGACUUUACACACUAAUUUGUACGCGAAAAUGAAGUGUGAGUGCCUGAAAUUAGCGGUCGUUAAGAACCGGUGGUUGGCGCUCAGGUUGGGAGGUGAUAUGUACGCGGUUAUUUGCAAAUACGAGCGACCGGUGUCCCAGACACAUGUAUUGAGGUACAAAAAUAAUGACGGCAAUGAGCUACUGAGUCAAGAGACUGAUGACUGUGAAAAUAAAAAAAUUAAUUGUGAGAACACUUAA